AGCCGCUCUCAACAUGGCAGGGCGCCAGCAGGAUCAGACGUUAGAAACAAGUGUAGCUGACUAAAAGAGAGAGAGGAGGGACCGGCUGUGAUAGUGUUAGUAAACGACUGUUUGGAUCACAUCAGACGAGAUCUCGCACGCUUUACUCUGUGCAUUUAAAAAGCGAAUUUCAAGAUGCAGCGACCUUUGAACUCCACCGUCCCGUUCUCCCACAUGACCCUAAGAAAUAUUAAAGCUCUAAACUGCCCCGGUUCGAGCCCGGCAUCUCGCACAGAGAGCAAGGGAGUAGAGGCGGACAAAAUAGAUCACCUGAGCUUCUUCCAGAACUACUUGAGGGAGGUCAUGUGCAAUGGAACUGCCAAUUAUGAGUGGACACACAGGACAGAGAAACAAUCCAUUAUUGCCCAGGCAGAGUGUGAGUCCCAGGAUUCACAGGAGUUCUGCCCCAAUGGCAGCAUCUCCUCCCAGUCGCUUCUUGGCGCAAUUUCUCGCAGUCGGCCCAGGAAGAAGCGGCACAAGAAACAUCGGCGAAAACGGGGUGCGAAGUCUGUGGAAGUCACCGGAGUGCCAGAACAGGACAGCGGCGAGUUCCAUUCGUCAUCUCUCAUUCAGGUUCUAGAUCCUGUGUGCAUCAGCAGCAGUAUAAAUGGUGCUGCAUACAGCAGUGGCCUCAGCACGGAGAGGGUAUCUGUGCAGGAAACAGAGGGCCCAUCGGACUCUUAUCAGUGGGAGCCCCAGCGGACCUCCUUACAGAGCCUCUCGUCCUGCCAGAGCUUCGGCCAAGAGAGUGAGGAGCUCAGUUCUCCCCUGAGAAGUGAGACUGAAUGCCCUCUGGUUUAUACAGCCCUGAGGAACUUUGUUACGACUGAAGGCCGCUGCUUUGCGUACGGCUUUGUCAAAGAUGUGCUGAGAGAGGAGAGGGAGAGGGAGAGGGAUGAGGACGACAGAGAGGAGAGCGACAAGAACGAAGGCAUCCUGUUCAAAGAGGGGCUACAACCAGUGAAUUAUGAGUACAGAGAGGGACGGGAGUAUGAACGCUGUAGAUUUCUCAAGCAGGGCUCUUUCGGAGAAGUCUACAGCAUCAAAGACAAAGGCACCGGCUUCACAUGUGCUGCCAAAAAGGUGCCGUUGGUGAGUUUCAGCAGUGAGGAGGUGGGCUCGUGGAGUGCCCUGCAGUCUCCUCAGGUGGUGGAACUCUUUGGUGUGGUGCGUGAAGGUCCUUCCAUCAUCCUUUUCAUGGACCUUAAAUCCAGUUCUCUAGGACAGCUGGUGGCGGAACGAGGCCGCCUGCCAGAGGAUCUGUCCCUGCACUACCUUCAGCAAGUACUGGGGGCAUUAAAUCACCUGCAUAGGAAGCGCGUCCUUCACCUGGACAUCAAAGCGGAUAACAUCUUGCUGUCGGAAGAUGGGAAAGAUGCAUUCCUGUGUGACUUUGGAUAUUCGGAGAGAUUGGACAAACAGGGGCUUAGUUAUUGUAAGAAUCUGAAAGGCACAGAAACUCAUAUGGCACCUGAGGUGGUGCUCAAUGAGCCACGCUCUUCAAAAGCAGACAUCUGGAGCAGCUGCUGUAUGCUUCUGCACAUGCUCAAUGGCUGUCAUCCGUGGACCCGCUACUAUUCCCGCCCACUCGUCCUCAAGAUAGCAGAAGAGCCUCCGCCACUGAGGGAAAUUCCAUGCGACUGCAGCUCCUAUACAGCAGAUGUCAUAAAAGCAGGACUGCAGAAAGAUCCAAUCAAACGAGCUUCUGCCAAAAAACUUUUGGUUAAAACUGCCAAAGCACUUAAAGCAGUGGGGGGACUUCGCAGCCGCGCGAGAGGAGGACCAUAUCAGAACCCACUGGGGAAGCCAGAGAAUCCAGACCCCGCCCAUUCAGCCACACCCACCACAUCCCACCACACCAUGUCCUCUGAUAACUCCGAGCUGCAGUGGAUGAGCUUGGAGCCCGAGAGGGAAGAGGGUGAUGGGGAAUGCAAUGAGAAGCCAGAAAAGGUAAAACAGUUGAAACAGACAGAGGAGACAAGAAACGAUGACCUCUGUCCUCCGAAGUCACUUCUCCACAUUCAAAACACUUCACCUGAGUCACGGAUCAUCAAUAAGACUGAGCCGGAGCCGGAGAGGGAGCUGGAACAAGAGCUGAGGAGACUGGAGAAAGAUUUCUGCCUGAGCAGUCUUUCCCUGGCUCAUUCUGCUGAGCGACAGGAGCAGCUGCUCUCUUGCAUCUAUAGCGACUGCCCUUCCACUAGAGAAAACUUUGACAAGAAGGAUUCAGGACGUUGGUCAGACGGUCUUGGCGAUGACCUUAGCUCAGGCGUGUUUUCUUACAAUAGCCAACAAGAUGGUCAGAGCUUCAGCAGGGACUGGCUCGCCCCCACGCAUCGACCUCCGCCUCGCUGCUUUGACGGGGUGGAUGUUUAUAUCAGGGACUUUGACGGGAAAUGCAUUCAUAUUCGGGAGACGCCCGGGGUGAAAGUAGGCCACGUUGCUAGAGGAAUCAGCGAUCAGAUCUCAGAGAACGUGUUCAGUCUGCAAACAGAAGAUGGUUGCCUGGUGUCCCAUGACAAAGAGGUCCUAGAGAACAGCCUGUUUUUGCGUUGUGUCCCGGCCCCUGACUCCAGCCACUAUCAUCAGUACGGACACAGCCCCUGCUUCACGCUCGGCCCCAGCUGCAAACUACCAUGGAGCUGGAGGAUCAGAGAGGGGGUGCUGGAGACUAACGACUGAUCUCUCCAUCCCCAAUCAGCAUUCUGUUCCAAUCAAAGUACUUUUUUGCAUUGGAUUUGUAUUCAUGAAUCUCAUCUGUGCUUCUCACCAGUCAAACCUUUGAGCCAUUGCCAUAUUAUUGGUUUACAUUCUUAGUAUUUUCAAGUUGUUUUAACUGACCAUGCAGAUUUGCUUUUGUUGUGCUGUGUUGUGAAGAUCAUUGUGGGGUUUAAACCCUGAGCACUUAUGAAUUCGUAUUCAAUGUCAGUACUGUUUACUUGUGGGACAAAAGUUGCACAUCAAUAAUCAUUGAUCUCCUUUCUAUGAAUGUUUUAACUGUAUUUCAAAGAAUCCUUCAAUAAAUGUUGUGUAUUGUUGCAUUUGUAAACAUUAAGUGGAGAAUCUUAUUGCAAUAAUCAUUUGAAUGCCAAACUUUUUUUGAAGUAAAAUAUUUAGCUGAAAGGUGUUGAAACGCUACAAAACAGACACAUUACAUCAAUGCAAUUGUAAUUAGUUUACAAAUAUUUCUAUUUAGCUUUAUUUUUAAGUUUGAGUGCAUUAUGUACAAUCAAAAGUUAGAACAAAGGUUUUUUUUUUCAAGUGUCUAGCAUACUUGUGAACUUCUUUAAUACUGUUACAUCUCACGAUGCCCAGAGGAAGCCAAGCUACUUAUAUACUUCUUUUUAGUAAAUAGUAGUUUUUAAUCAUUCACUGUACAAUUUCUAUAUGCUCUUUUCUUAGUUUUGAUCCUUUACUAUUGUGGAAAAUGUAAUAAAGACUGUUUUUCUACCAAAAUACACCACACAUUCACAUUGAAAUCCAUAAAAACAAUUUAUUGUUUCAUUUUACAAAACAAACUCGUGGGCUCACAGCAGACAGUCUGCCUCAAGGUGCACAAUUUUAUACCAGUUUUCAAAGAUGUAGAAAAAGAUGAAAAAGUGGCGGCUAGUAUCAUAAAAAGCCCAAGGCACUGUCAACGAAAGAAUCAAAAAGAAUUUAAUUGUACCAAAAAAACAAAAGACAUAGAAACAAGUAUGUAUGUAUGUAUGUAUG